CAGCGCCACUGCCCGGGCACGGCCCCGGCCUCGCCGGCACCAUGCAGGAUCCAAAUAAGGACACAGAGUGGAAUGACAUUCUGCGCAAGAAAGGCAUCCUUCCUCCAAAGGAAAACCUGGAGGAACAGGAACGGGCAAAGGAAGAGGAGCAGUUUGCCAUCCUUCAGAAAUCUCUGGUGAAAACUUACGAGGACAUGACUCUGGAAGAGCUAGAAGAGAAUGAAGAUGAAUUUAAUGAGGAAGAUGAGAGAGCUAUUGAAAUGUACAGGCAGCAAAGGUUAGCAGAAAUGAAGGCAGCUCAAAUGAAGAAUAAAUUUGGAGAAGUUUUGGAGAUUUCAGGAGAAGAUUAUGUUCAAGAGGUUACAAAAGCUGGAAAAGGAAUAUGGGUAGUCUUACACCUCUACAAACAAGGAAUUCCACUCUGUGCCUUAAUAAAUCAACAUAUGAGCGGGCUUGCAAAGAAAUUCAGAGACGUGAAAUUCAUCAAAGCUAUUUCUACCACCUGCAUUCCCAACUACCCUGAUAAGAACCUGCCCACGAUAUUUGUGUACCUGGAGGGAGACAUCAAAGCUCAGUUCAUUGGGCCUUUGGUGUUUGGAGGCAUGAACCUGACAAGGGAUGAAUUGGAGUGGAAGAUUUCUGAGUCGGGUGCCAUCAAGACAGACCUCGAAGAGAACCCCAGGAAGCAGAUCCAGGACCAGCUCAUGUCCUCAAUCAGGGCAUGUGUCCAAACCAGAGGGGAGAGUGACUCAGAGGAUGACUAAUUCCUGCAACUGCAUCCGGAUUGAUGCAGUGCACUUGCAGCCAGUGUUCCCACCUCAGGCCCUGGAGACACUCCUCAAGGCCUUGCUGAGCCCCUGAGGGGUAGCCUUUCAAGACAUUCAUUCUAGAAACCUCUAGAAACUAAAAACAUUUGUUUUUUAAAAAUUGCAGCUUCACUUAAGAUGCUGAAAGACAUUUUGUAUAGUGAAGCCUGAGUAAAUCUUACUCAAAGUUUUAAAAUACAGACAUAACUAGAAACAGGUCUCUUGUUAUUAUUUUCAUAGUAAAUUGCUACUUCUUUAAAAAUUUGAGCUAUGAAGUGGUCUUAAGUGCACUGUUUUUAACAAGCUUAAAUUGUACAAAUCAAAUCUAAAUAGCUGGUCUUAAAUAAUUGCUUAUGGCACUUAAAUGGGCCAUUUCUUAGCCUACUGUGCUCAGACCUCUGACAGCCUGAACUUCACAGAGAGCUGGAGGAGGAUACUGACGAUGCAGGUGGUUCUUAAGGUGGUAUGUGGUCCUCUGCAGAGAAGUGCUUGCACCAGACUGGCAACAUGAGGCUAUAAGCUGGGAUUCCAGGCAUCUUGAGAGAGGCCUUAGGGAUGGCCAGCCUCUCCUGGGACCUGCUGAGUUCAGAACUCCACUUUUGAAUUAGCAGCACUGUUUUGCCUUUCACAAGGACUGAACUUCCUGCACCAUCUUGCCUGCCAAUUGCAAAAUAAAAUUCAAGAUGGUGGUGGUCAA